UAUGCUUGGAUGGAAGUUUACCGGGUUACCACCUACACCGGGGAUCUGGAUCAGGGUCAAACAAUUGGCUUGUCAAUCUGGAGGGUGGAGGAUGGUGCAAUGAUGUUAAAAGCUGCGUGUUCCGCAAGGGCAGUCGGCGUGGGUCAUCAAACCACAUGGAGAGGCAACUCCAGUUUACAGGCAUAAUGAGUAACAGGCCUGAAGAAAAUCCUGAUUUCUACAACUGGAACAGAGUGAAGGUUCGGUAUUGUGAUGGUGGAUCCUUCACCGGUGAUGGGGCUGACGCGGCUUCAGGCCUUUAUUUCCGAGGUCAGCGUAUUUGGCAGGCUGCUAUCGAUGACUUGAUGGCCCAAGGAAUGCGUUCUGCUAGCCAGGCCCUUCUUUCGGGAUGCUCUGCUGGGGGUGCUUCUGCCAUACUUCACUGUGAUGAGUUCCGUGGAAUGUUUCCAUCAAAUACCAGAGUCAAGUGCCUCGCUGAUGCUGGAAUGUUCCUUGACUCUGUUGAUAUUGCUGGUCGUCGAGAAAUGAGAGACUUAUUCAAUGGCAUUGUGAGAUUGCAGGGUUCUGGAAGAAGCUUGCCUCGGUCUUGUACCUCUCACAUGGAUAAAACCUCAUGCUUUUUCCCGCAGAACGUGUUGCCAAAUAUUCAAACUCCGACUUUUAUCUUGAACACUGCUUACGACGUGUGGCAGCUUCAAGAGAGUUUGGCUCCCAGAACGGCUGAUCCCCGGGGUCUAUGGCAAAGUUGCAAGCAGAAUUACGCCUCUUGCAAUAGCAAUCAGCUUCAGUUUUUAAAUGGCUUCAGGAAUGAAAUGCUUAACGCUGUGAAGGGUUUCUCUGGGUCAGGGCAGAAUGGGGUGUUUAUCAACUCUUGUUUCGCCCACUGCCAGAGCGAGAGACAGGAUACAUGGUACUCAAGCAACUCUCCUCGUCUUGGCAACAAGAGAAUCGCAGAAGCGGUCGGUGACUGGUUCUUCGAGAGGGGCAACGCCAAGUACACCGACUGCGCGUACCCUUGUGACGGCACGUGCCAUCACCUUGUGUUCAAAGGGAGGCAUCUCUAAUACGAUCAUAUCCUUUGAUACCAGCAGCUGAAGUGCUGAAAACCCAGCGAGUGGGUACAACCGAAAAAAGGAAGGUAUAGAUAGAAGAAGAUGGGUGCAAGUUGGUGGCUUGCCCGGCGUCCAUCGCCUCAGAUAUGAUAGGGCAGGGCCUCACAUGCAAACGCGAUGAGGUCCUCUGCGUUAUUUUAGUUUCAUAUAUCGUCGAUUCUUUCCAUUGCCAAUUGCUACUCCCUCGAUGUAUCUGAAUAUUUGAACCACACUGGUGUAUAACCUUACAUGUUCAUGUAUUGAAUGUGGUAAUAUGAAAUUAUGAAUAAUGUGCUUAGUUCAGAG